AUGGCGAUUCGCGCCUGCAGCCGCUUGACCUGCCUCUCCGUGGGAAGUCCGAGUUUCGUACCGCUAGGAUUCCGGCUUGGCACCUGCCUUCGAAGUGCCGGCUCUGCUACCUCAGUGAGCUGGCCGGAUGUGUCGCCAGCGGCUUCCCGCACGCAGGGCAAGGACAAGCUUGAAGCAAGCACUGCCCGAUCCAGCCGUGAGCGAGAGGUCGCUGCAGCAUGUGCGGCUCUGUCUGAGAGCGUCGAGGCAGGCGACACCGCUUGGUUUGAGCGGGUCAUCAUCCAGCUGCGGAGCAUCCUGCUGGAGAAGCAAAGUGAAGAUGCCGCAACGCAGGCACAGACAGGCCGGACGACGUUUCCCGUCCGCGCAGAUCCUCUAAAGCAAAAGCCCCCCAUGACCUCCAUACCUCCCAAGCCUUCAGUGACUUCAGUGGCUACCGGAGCACCGAAAACACCCGUUUCCACACCGAGCUCCCAGCAAGCGGAAGCUCAGCCACCCUGGCUCGAAGCGCUUCGGCUCUUGGAGACUGGACUCUUCAGAAG